GAAUUUGGUUUAGCCAGCACACAAAAAUGAUUAAAUAAAUAAAGAUUGUUAUUUAUUCUCAUAUAAACUAAUAUCAAUACAACUGUGUAUAAAAACAAGAUGUUAUUUUUUAUACUAUUCUAGACAUGUUCUUUUUCUCUACAUACGAACAACUCAAAUUAAAUUAACAUAUGUCAUUAUUUAAAUACAGCCAGUCUUACACUGCAAAACACCAAAUAGGUUUCACUUACAACAGUUAUCAUGUCUAAUUUUGUACCAGAAGAAUAGUUUUAAAAUAUUCUGUUCAUUGGACAAACAAUCAGUGCUAUGUGACGUGUGAAAAUUUGCGGGAAUUUGAAUCCCCGUUCAACUUUUGGGGAAAAUUAAUUUCAAUACAUAAGCAAAGACAUCAGAUAUUGGCCCAAAGAAAUAAUGAAUUGCAGAAAAAAUCAUCAAGAUUAAUAUUAUUUCCAUUUUACACACGCAUGUUACGUUUAAAUACAGUAACAUGCAAUAUUUUCAUAGAAAACUUAAACACGGCGGCGAGCUGACUGAAGCGAUGUACAGAUCGUGGUCCAAUUAUAAAAAUAGAAAUACUGAAUACUCUCCGCGACAGCGCCGGCUUUCUCGAUCUUACUGAUCUUAACCUUAAAUUUAUAUCCACGUUAUUCUCUUUACUUUUUUUCAAGAAAGAACAAUUAUUUAAAGUAAUUAAGUGUCAAAACAAAGUUUUUAAACAACUAAAUUAGUGAUUAAACAUGACCGAUAAAGAAGGAUUCUUCGUGAAAUUUCACCAGAAAAUAAAUAACAAUCUGGACGAUGUGUCGAAAAAUAACUUUGCUAAUUUGGAAUCGAAUUCAAAAAGGGUUUCGUAUUUAUGUAGCCUGCCUGCUGUGAAAUCUUACGAUCUAACUUCUGAUAUCAAAUGCGCAACAGAUAAAGAGAUUUUCGAGAAAAAAGAUUUGGGAAAAGCGCAUCAACUCAAAGAUGAAGGAAAUAAAGCAGUACAGAGAGGAGAUUGGGCAAAAGCAUUGGAGUUUUACAGCCAAGCCAUGAUGUUUAUACCAGAAAAAGAUACUGAUGAACUUUCAAUACUUUACGCAAACCGUUCAGCGGCGUUAUGUCAUUUAGAACAAUAUGAGGACACACUUUCUGACAUCAAGCGCUGUCUUUCUCUCGCAUAUCCUCGACACUUGAGAUACAAGGUUUACGAACGCAGAGCGAGAACUUUACUAAUAGUAAAGAGACAUCAAGAAGCUGUUACAGCUUUCCAGGAUACAAUAACUGCACUUGAUGAAGCGAACAAUCUAAACAAAGAGAAGAGACAAAAGAUGCGAACUGAUGCCAAACUUAUGUUGGAAAUUUUAAACAAGGGCAUAACAUUAGCCGGUAAUCCAAAAGACCCGGAACCAUUAAGAAAGACGCCACCGAAACCGAAACUACCGGGAAAGAAUAAUCAGCAGUACCCGGCCGCUUCUGAUGCUAUCCAAAUAGAUUACGAUGAAGUAAAAGGUAGAUUUGCUACAGCUGCAAAAGAUAUACAGGCUGGAGAAACGAUAUUAAUUGAGAAACCAUUCAGUGGAGUAUUAUUAGGAGAGUAUUCGAAGACGCAUUGUCAAAACUGUUUCAUAAAAUGUCCCGUGCCAAUCCCCUGUCCAAGAUGUCCUAACGUAAUCUUCUGCAGUGAUAAAUGUUCGGAUACCGCACAAAAGUCUUAUCACAGCUACGAAUGCCAAAUAUUACCACUGCUAUGGAAAUCUGGCUGCUCCAUCACAUGUCAUAUAGCGUUAAGAAUGAUCACACAACACAAAAAGGAAUAUUUCAAGGAAAUAAUCUCCAAUAUAGAUGAAAAACCCACUGGAGUAUACAAGACUGGUGAUUACAGAAAUAUCUAUCAUUUAGUAGCUCACGAAGAUAAGAGAACUAAACAAGAUUUCUUACACAGAACACAAAUGACUGCAUUUCUUUUAAAACUGCUUGAAAUAAGCGGCUACUUCGAGAGUAAACCGAGAGAAAAACCAAUUAGAAUGAAUGAACUCAAAUCAUUAGGUAUUGCUGAAAACCAUAAAGAUGACGUCGCAUUAAUUGGUGGGUUAAUAUUAAAGAAUCUACAAGUUCUUCAGUUCAACGCACACGAAGUGUUCGAACUCCAAUGUCCAAAACCACGUGUUGGCAAUAACGUGAUAAAACAUAGUGGUAAAUCAGUUUUCUUAGCAGGCGCUGUGUUUCCAACACUCGCGUUGUUUAACCAUUCGUGUGAUCCUGGUGUUGUUAGAUAUUUUUGCGGACCAUACAUUGUCGUACGAGCAGUGAAAAACAUUAAGAAAGGCGAGGAAGUGGCAGAAAACUACGGACCAAUUUUCACAACCGUACCGAAGGAGAAGCGACUGGCGGAUUUGAAAGAGCAGUACUGGUUCGAUUGCACUUGCGUACCGUGCCAGCAGAACUGGCCGCGUUACGACGAUAUGACAGAAAACUAUAUGAGAUUCAAGUGUGAUUCUGAUAACCCUUGCCCCAACGUGGUGCCGGUCCCGUACGACUGCCAGGAGUUCAUGGUGAAGUGCGGCUUGUGUGACCAGUACACAAACAUUCUCAAAGGGCUUAAGUCCUUACAGGACACUGAUAUGAUGUGCAAGCUUGGUAAAGGAGCUAUGGAAGAAGGAAAAUAUGGAGAGGCUAUAAAGAAAUUCAUUGAGAUGUUAAAAUUAUAUGACUCUACUCUUGCACCCCCAUAUAAGUCUUAUUAUGAUUGUGUACAAGACCUAAGAAGGAGCAUGUUGGCUAUGGGAAAUUACAGUAUUGUUUAAUUUUCUUAACAUGUGCCAAAUGUCAACACUAAACUUAAUCUUAUUUGGUUGUUAGGAAUAUAGUUAUCUAUAUUUGUUUAUGGUAACAUAGUUUAUCAAUCCCCAAACCAGGGUUACCAAUGUUAACUAGCUACCAUACACACUUGAACACAAAUAUAGGUGAAAACUUCUCAAACUACAUGGAAUGUGUUAACUUUAUUUAGUAUUAAGUUAUAUUGUUGUCUUUUUCCUACUCUAGGUGUGGUACAAUAAAUCUUUUUUAAAACCAUAUUAUGAAUGGAAUGACAGAAUGAUAUGUCAGUCCACUUCUAAAAUAACUAAAAUUUUCACAAUUGUUAAUUAUUAUGUUUUU